AUGAGCUACGGAUCUGACAUCUACUCUGCCUCUUCCUAUCGGAAGAUUUUUGGAGACUCUCCCCGCUACUCAUCCUCUCCAUCUCGGAUGAGUAGUAUCUCCUCUCGGAGCGGAUACAGGUCUCACUCUCUCUCCCGCACUAACACUUCGUCUCUGGGGUCCUACAAGCGAACCAGUCGGUCCACCUUCACACCAAUGCCUCUGGAAAGCUUCGAUCUGACCCAAAGUUCAGUUCUCAACAAUGAAUUCAAGAUCAUCCGCACGAACGAAAAGGAACAAAUGCAGGGUCUCAAUGACCGUUUUGCGAUGUUCAUUGAAAAAGUUCGCAACUUGGAGCAGCAGAACAAAGUCUUGGAGACGGAACUAGUGACGCUGCGCCAGCGACAGUCUGAGCCUUCCCGGUUAGCUGAACUCUACCAGCAAGAGAUCCGAGAGCUUCGCUCACAGAUCGAGGAACUCAAUGGGGAGAAGUCCCAGAUCAUGAUCGAACGAGACAACAUCGAGGAGGACCUGCAGAAACUCAGGGAGAAAUACGAGGAGGAGAUCAGGAUGCGUGAGGAGGCAGAGCAAACCCUAAAGGCUUUCAAGAAGGACGUGGACGAUGCAACCAUGGUUCGCCUGGACCUGGAGAAGAAGGUGGAGUCCCUGCUGGACGAGAUCUCCUUCUUGAGGAAGGUGCACGAGGAGGAGGUGGCCGAACUCAUGAACAUGAUCCAGGCUGCUCAGGUGUCUGUGGAGAUGGAGGUGGCCAAGCCCGACCUCACCUCCGCUUUGAAGGAGAUUCGUGGCCAGUACGAGGUUAUGGCCUCCAAGAAUCUCCAGUCUGCUGAAGAAUGGUACAAGUCAAAGUUCGCUGACCUCAGUGACCAGGCGAAUAGGAGCAACGAGGCUAUCCGGGCCAGCCGGGAAGAGAUCAACGAGUUCAGGAGGCAACUGCAGUCUAAGACCAUUGAGAUCGAGAGUCUCCGCGGAACCAACGAGUCUCUCGAAAGGCAGAUUCGUGAGAUGGAGGACAGGCACAAUGUUGAAGUGGUCGGCUACCAGGAUACAAUUGGACAGCUGGAGAACGAACUGAGGACUACCAAGAGUGAGAUGGCACGUCAUCUGAGGGAAUACCAAGACCUCCUGAAUGUCAAAAUGGCUCUGGAUAUCGAAAUUGCUGCAUAUAGGAAACUGUUGGAGGGUGAGGAGACCCGUAUCAGCACCGGCAUCACUUAUCCCACCCCUGGGUCUAUGGGCCAGAACUACAGCUACCAGACCCGGGUCUACACCAGCUCCAGCAAGGGGAGCAAGAAGGAGGGGAAGGAUGAAGACCAGCAGCAGCAGAGCAAGUCUGGCAAGGGCCCCUCCUCCCAGCGUGAGAUGUACGAGGAGAACACCUCCAAGAAGGGCGAGAAGCAAGACUCUGGGGACAUGAACCCGACCGGCCAGAAAAACUAA